AUGAACGGGGUGCCGGGUAUGACAGUUAAGGCGGCUAGGAACCAGUUCCGUGCGCGCACCGUGAAGGGAGCAAACAAUGGCGUUGCGCUGCGACAGUAUGCUGAAGCGACUCUUGGAGGAGGCAGCUUACGCAAGGUUGUCAAGCUGCCCGAAGGCGAGGACGAGAACGAAUGGCUGGCUGUCAAUAUGGUCGACUUUUACAACCAGAUCAACCUUCUCUACGGCGCCAUCACGGAGUUUUGCUCUCCCCAGUCGUGUCCAGAGAUGAAAGCCACAGACGAGUUCGAGUACCUGUGGCAGGACAGUGACCAGUAUAAGAAGCCGACUCACAUGUCAGCUCCGGAUUACAUCGAGCACCUUAUGACCUGGGUGCAAAACACCAUCGACAAUGAGACGAUGAUGCCAAGCAGGAUUGGUAGGUGCAUUCCACGCCGAGUACGUAGAGAGGUUGUACUCACACUAGGACGUAUAGGCGUCCCCUUCCCGAAGAACUUCCCGUCGCACGUGCGACAAAUCUUUAAGCGCAUGUACCGAGUCUACGCCCAUGUCUACUGCCAUCACUACGCCGUCAUCAGAGAACUCGGCCUGGAACCUCAUCUCAACACAAGCUUCAAGCAGUAUGUGUUGUUUGUUGACGAGCACAAGCUGGCGAGCGGCAAGGACUUUUACGGUCCCCUGAACGAUCUUGCUGAAAAGAUGAUUGAGAGCGAUUGA